GAGCCAAUCAUCGAUACCUGCAGCGUCGGUUUCAAACACCAGCUCAUUUAUCGCUUGAUGGUCACUUGAUUGUCACUUGAUUCUCACCCAACAUGAUCCCAUCCAUCCUCCCAUCGGUAUCUCAAAUCCCGAUAACACGCAAGAUCACGCUCCGCACUGUCCAUGCUCGAGCCAGACCACCCGUGCACGUGACACGCCCUCCCCAAAAGGCUGAAUGAAUCAUUUCUGGCUCUCCUUUACCCAAUCAAGCAAGAGCCGUACCCUUACCCGUACCCACGCCCACGCUCGCAUCGACCGACACCUUACCCUUACCGGGAAUUUUCCCUUCCGAUAGCCAAUUGUGGUUCGACAGACACCAGAGAAAGAAUCCAUCCCAUCCCAUCCCAUCCCAUCCAUAUUAAAAUAAACUAUUUAUCAAUCAGUCAAUCUAAUCUCAUUCUCUACCCUGACACGCUUCUGCUUGACUAGUAGCACUGGACUGGACACAAAAACCUUCCUCCUCCUUCUUUUCUUCCUUCUGGCUACAACUCCAUUCCUUCAUUCUUUGGAUUUCCCUCUUCCCUUUCCCAUAGCUAAACUCGCAGCUAUGGAUGUCCUAUCCAAUGCCACCAUUGCUGCAACUCCAGAAACCUUUUUGGGUAUUUAUGACGAGUUGAGCAAAUACAAUGUUCACCUCAACAUCUUUGAAAGACUCUGGGCGAGUUGGUACGCGUACAUGCAAAAUGAUGUCCUUGCCACUGGCAUCAUGAGUUUUGUGAUGCAUGAAGUCUUUUACUUUGGUCGAAGUCUUCCUUGGAUUAUCAUCGAUCAAAUUCCGUACUUCAACAAAUACAAGAUUCAAGGGAAUAAAAUCCCUACCGCCGCCGAACAAUGGACAUGCACAAAACUCGUUCUCCUCUCCCAUUUCACUGUCGAACUUCCUCAAAUUUACCUCUUCCACCCAAUGGCCAAAUACUUUGGAAUGGGUACUGAUGUUCCUUUCCCAUCUCUCUUCACCAUUGCCUACCAAGUCGCCAUCUUUUUCGUUCUAGAAGACACCUGGCAUUAUUGGAUGCAUCGCGCCAUGCACUACGGAUGGCUCUACAAGAAAAUUCACAAAAUUCAUCAUCAAUACUCUGCGCCCUUUGGUCUCGCUGCCGAAUACGCAUCACCAAUCGAAGUUAUGGUCCUCGGUCUCGGUACAGUUGGUUCUCCCAUUCUUUGGGUUAUGUUCACCGGAAAUCUUCACAUCUUGACUAUGUAUAUUUGGAUUGUGUGCAGACUUUUCCAAGCCAUUGAUGCUCACAGUGGUUAUGAAUUUCCUUGGUCUUUGCAUCAUUUCUUGCCUUUCUGGGCUGGCGCUGAACAUCAUGAUACCCAUCAUGAGAAGUUUAUCGGAAACUACGCAAGUAGUUUCAGAUGGUGGGAUUAUGUUUUGGAUACCGAGAGUGGACCUGAAGCUGCUAAGAGAAGAAGAGAGAGAAAGAUGGAAAAGGAAGCAAAGGUUGCAAAGAAGGCUCAGUAAAUGUUUACUUUACCGUAUUCCUACCCUGGUCAAAUAGGGAAGUGGAGGCUGUACAUGUCAAGUCAUAGGCCACUUCAAUGGGCUCAUUUGAUCUCUGGGAAAGACGAAAUAUUCACAAGGUUGUGGAUACACAGGUCCAUCCAGAUGGAUGAACAGAAAAAGGAUUAGAUGACUACGAGAGAUGAUAGAUGAGAGAUUCACAAACUUAUGUUCUGGUAAUAAGGGUAUAGUAUUUUGAGAUUUCUGCGAAAUUGCCGGAAAUCCAAUUACUAUCCAGAGAUGUGCAUACAUAUAAUGCAGGUGUUGGGUUGGGGGAAGAGGAGAGGGGAGAUGUAUGAAAUUCUUCUUCUUUCGUUUUUGUAGAUUACACACGUACUUAUACCUAAUUAAUACACUUUUUAUUGAAUCUAUCAUUAUUGUUUCUGUACUUUUGAAUGCAUGGUAUUGUAAUUUAGCA